AUGGCGGAUGGACAAAUGGCCAUGCAAGUUGAUACACUAGCCCCUAAUAAACACUACUCCACACAAGAAUUAACCAAUACAUCCUCUAAUAAAUCUCACGACAGAGAUUCUCAAUCAUCACUCUCUUGUCCUCACCCUAUUAAUGAGGCCCCAUUAAUACCCUCUCCAGCAUCUCAGUAUGAUAAUUCCCCUCCUUCCUCUAUUAACAAGAUAUCCAACUCUCUACCACUUCAGGCCUCCAAUGAAUCCAAUGGAGAAUUUUCCUCCCAUGCCCCCUCACAUAGCUCACCAACAACUAGUGUAUGUAGCACAUCCUCCCAACCCUGCACAGCAACCGCAGUCAUGGAUCGAGCAAGGGUUGCAGGGCCAACCAGUCUUCUUCACCAUGACUAUAGAAGGCAGGGAGGUACUGAUAGUUCUUCAGAAUCCAACCUUCCUGGCGCAAAUGAUAUCGGAAGGCAUGAGAUUGGCACUAGACAACUAUCUAAACCACAUGUGGAUGGCCAACGUGCUAGAUCCCUUAGCCCCAGCUCUAGCACCCGCGCUUUACCACAACAUGCACCACCAUUGGAACCUCCCCCCACACUUCAACCCCCCCUCUCAACAUGA